AAAACACUGACUACAGCCAUCCAGCAAGGCUCCCAGAUUCAAGCAGCCAAUUGCCAGCAGUUUCAAUGAUGAUGCAGUUGAAUUGGCGGAAACACAAUGGACGAACGAUGAAACGUUACGCAUGACGGGGCCCCAAACUCCAAAAGGUUCCGGUGUCGGGGCACCUGCGUCCACAGCCUUCCAACCCCGCUUCCUCCUGUUGCAAAUCAAAACCGCCCUGACAGUCGUUGCUCUACAGGUGAAGAAGUGCAACCUGCUGAAGGGUAUAAAGGCCACGAGGUCACCUUCCCCAUUCUCAAAGCCAACCAUGACGCAAAAGAUCGCCGCCGCCUUUCUGGCUCUGCUGACGUUCACCGUCUCGACGGCGAGUGCAGCCCCUGCCCUCGAAGUCACCGGUUCUGCCGCUUUCGUCGGCGCCCGCGACGGGGGUGCUCCCCGGCCUAAUAUGGGCAACGGCGGCGCGACCUCGGCUUCCAGCGGCGUGUCGCCCCUGACAGUCAAGCUCGGCGUCACGUGCGCCCAGGAUGACUCGGGAUGUAUUAGCGGCUACUGCCAGGCGUCCAAGUGCGUCCCGCCGACGCCUACCGUUCAGCAGUUUACGUGCAGCAAGUCGGACAAUAAGGUUUACUACCUGGGCAUCAUGGACGAUGCCGUGUACACCAAGACUGCUCCGCCGCCCACGCAGCCUUACUUGACGUUUAACGGCCACUACUCGACGCACAACUCGGACGGAAGUUCGGGCGAGGGCGUCAAUGAGGAGGUCUUGACGACGUCCGGCGCGAGCCACAAGCUGAGGGGCGAGUUCUGGACGUGCACGUUCUACUCGCCUUUUGGUUUGAACACCUUUGGACAUUCGUCUGCCGACCAUGAACAACCAGUGUCUGACCGUGUCGAGGGGCGACGGCAACUACAACUCUGCCACGGGCGCAGGUGCGACGCUGCACUAUGCCCCGUGCUCGUUCAACACACAGCCCGUCGGGUCGGACCACGGCGACUACACCAUGUCGCAGUUGCAGACCUUCGACUCGUUUUCGUACUACGGCCCCGGCGGCCUGGACCCGGCGAGCAAAUCGCUUGCGCUAUACUGGACGCCGAUCAGCGGUAAUGGUUUCGCUCCCGGGGGCGAAGCCGUGCACUCGCCUGGCACGACUUACUCGACCUGGCUCACUGCUUCCGGGACCGGCUCUGCGCUCGUGUACCUCACGCCGGCGUACGUUGCUGGCCCGUAGGGCUGACAUGUGCGCUGAAAAUGCUUGGCGCCCGGCUGCUGCUGCUACAAGCUCAGGGCGUCAGUC